AUGCGAGCCCUCGUCAGCGCUGACAUUAUGGCGCUCUUUGGUAGACGACUGGGGAUCGUUAUUUCCCUUCCACCCCUGGUACGAGUGCACCAGCACCAGGAGCCCCGAUCUCCGCGAGAAUUUUCCCCUUCUUCCAGGAAGCACUGGUCACAGGUUUUGACAAAUUACACGAGCAAUUUGAUCUGGCGUGUCUAUGUGGCUUAUAGUACCCCUGCGCUGUCAUUCUUGCAGGAACACAUGCUCGGUCAGCAUGCGCUCGGCGCCCGAACCGCAUAG